AAACUCACCAUUAUAUGAUAAGUAGAAGACAAAACUUACAGCCAAGUAGCUAAACUUAUCUCUCUCCAAAACAUUUGGUCCAUACGAUAAAGCAAGAAGAAGAGGAACAAGAUGAAGCAUGAAAGGAGAAACAUGAAGCUACGAUGCAUAUCCUUCUUCUUUCUUCUAUUCGGUUUGCUUCUUGGAAAUUUUGUAGUCCAAGCUUCAAAAGCUCGUUCUAUCGACGAUAAGCUUUCACUUCCCCGACAAGUCCAUCUCCCGAGCGUAUGUUACAAUCUUUUCACACAGUUCUCAAGGAGGCGUAUGAUUGGGUCGACGGCACCAACUUGUACUUACAACGAAUGCAGAGGAUGCAGAUACAAAUGCAGAGCUGAACAAGUCCCCGUCGAAGGCAAUGAUCCUAUCAACAGUGCUUACCAUUACAGAUGCGUUUGUCAUAGAUAAUAAUGAUAAUUUCUUCUUCUUUUUUUUUGGUAAACAGAUAAUCUCUUCUUUUUGCACUUGUUUUGUAUCGGCUUAAUUGCAUUUUGUUUUUUGAAUGAGAUGUUUUGGUCAAAAUUAUACUCCAUCCUUCUCAUAUUAUAAGAUGGCGUACAGUUUUUUCUUCGG